AUGGGCAAUCCAAUCAAGCCUUUCACAGCCGACGAGCUCCUGUCCCUGAAACUAUUUCUCCAAGCACCCCAAACUGAUGCAGCAACGCACGCAAGGCAUGUAUCGGCUGCGUAUGUUUCGGAUGCGACUGCAGCCGCUGUGCCUCAAAAUGCUGCUACGACAGGUGCAGCUACGUCGGCUGCCACCAACGACACUCAUGUUGCCGCGGGUGCUGAGAAAGCGCACACCGCGGGAGAACAGGAUUUUACAGUAAGGAAAACAGCAGGAAAUACUGAUGGCUUCCCCACUGCUGCAACAACUACCGCAAGUGUGCGGCAGGUCCGCAGCAUUCUUGUACUAGGUGGGAGCAACAGCAGCAGCAGCAAUGUGAACUUCUUGCUUGAGGAAAUGGGCCUUUCACUUGCUGCCGACUCUGUUGUUGCUGUUGUUCCCCCAACACUUCAGCAGCAACAACGCGGCGUCUACCACCCGAGAGAGGUGGUGCUCCAGCAACCGCAGCUAGUAGGAGGGAAGAUACAAAACGAAAUGAAGCAACAGCAACUCCAGCAGCGGGGCGGUACCGGCAAUGGCAAUGACAGCGGCGGCAAUGUAUUUGUCUACCCUUACGGAUCCACGGUCUAUGUUCAAGCUCCUGCCGUACCACUGCUAUGCAGCAGCAACUGUUGCAGCCCUUCUCAACGCCCGCUAAUUGGUGCUGCUGCCGCUGCUGGUGGGGGGGUUGUUGUCGCUGCUGGCAGUAGCAAGCUGCUGCAAGACCCGUACUUGAGUCUUUACAACAAUGCGGAAUUAGUCCGCCUAAUUCUGCAGCUGCUUCUGGGUCGAGUAUCUCUGCAACAGCUUCAGCCAACUGCAGGAGAAGCAGCAGCCGCAAUAAGCAAGUACACCCUGCAGACAGACACAGAGGUGCUCUCACUGUUGCCGCAGCCAUGCCUAGAGGCCCCGCCAGAUGUCCCCAAGGACUUUAGAUUGCUGCAUCAGCAGCAAAGUUUUUCGCUACAGCCUCGGCUGCUGCUACAGCUGCAGCAGGUGCUCCAGCAGAUAAAUACGAACCCUAUAGGCAAACCGCUUGAACUUAUCAAGCCCAAGUUGCUGCAGCCCUUUCUGCCCCUGAGACCGGCGCUGCACCCACCAAUAAUGCCGUCACUCCCUGCUCCCUCCCUGCCCUUUGUCGAUUUGGAUAGUCUCAUGAUGACUCCGCACCAGAGGCUACUUGCUGCAGCAGCUGCUGCCGCUGCAAGUUUCAAUGCAAACGCGCAAGCUGCAACUGCAACUGAGAGCCUAACAACUACUGCAGCGGAGCCUGUGACGCCGCAGCUACAAGCAGAAGAAACAGCGGCGGCAGCACAAUCUCGGAGGCAAAGCUCCUUGGUGAACUUUAUAUUGACAGCUGCUACAACGACAGGCCUGUUACCCAGCCAGGAGCAGCAGCAACACCAGGUUCAACCACAGGAAGAAGAGCAACGGCAACAAGAUUAUAACAAAGGGCCGCAACAUCAGCCAUUAGGCAGGGAGGCCAGAGCCCGAGUGGCUUUGGUUCGUUUGCUUCUCAGUACCUUAGAAAGGCACUGUAGCGGAUCGCAACGGAAGAUUGAUAAGACUGCUGAGACAGUCUAA